CGUCACGCGAAUCUUUCUUCACGUCAUUCUAUAAUCCGCCCACUUCAAGCGAUGACGGACUUGCUGCCGCAGGACGCGCUCUCGUCUGUGGCCAACGCCUGGGCCAACGUCUCCGACGCGUUGGCCGCCCUUCCCUUCGGCGUUCCCACCAAGUUUCUGGCCGUGGCCGGAGUCGCGGCGCUCGGUUACUACAUGGACCAGAAGCUGUUGAUCUCGUCAGACUUGUAUCACUCAGGUAUGCAGGCCGUGGCGCUACUGCAGGCCAAACGUCACGCGCGCAAUGGAUCGCUGAUACCGGAUCUGUUCGAGCAGAGCGUGGCCAAAUGGCCGCACAAGGCGUGUAUGCAGUUCGGCCAGCGCGUACUGAGCUUCCAGCAAGUGGACGAGGCGGCCAACCGCGUGGCCCACUGGGGCCAACACCAGGGCCUACAGGCCGGCCAGACUGUAGCUCUACUGAUGGAGAACCGGCCCGAGUUUGUGAUCGUCUGGCUCGGCCUGGCCAAGAUCGGCGUCAUCACGGCGCUGCUCAACACGCACCUGCAGGCUGACGGACUUAUUCACUGCGCCAAAAUCGCGGACACCAAGUGGAUGAUCGUAGGCCAGGAGCUGGCCGAGAAGUUGACUGAGGUGGCCGACCAACUGGCCGACUUUGACUUCCACAUCUACGGAGACGGACACUUAACAGCUCAGGCCGCAGCUAAUUACCUGCCACAGGCUCACUCGAUGGACGAGGAACUCAACAAAAUGCCGACAGAGCGACCGCCCGCGUCUAUUCGCCGUCAGAUCUCGACAUCGGACAUGGCCCUACUGAUCUACACGAGCGGGACGACGGGCCUACCGAAGGCCGCGAGGGUCAACCACUUCAGUAUCAUCCUUCGCUCGCUGGCCUUCAAGUACUCGAUGCACUUGUCCAUGUAUGACCGACUGUACUGUGCACUGCCACUGUACCACACCUCAGGAGGCAACUUGGCCGUAGGAAUGAUGAUCUUUUCUGGUGCCACACUGUGUCUUUCACGCCGCUUCUCAACGUCCAAGUUCUGGGACGAAGUGCGGGCGUACGACUGCACUGUGAUCCAAUAUAUCGGCGAGAUGUGUCGGUAUCUGAUGAAUGCGCCGGCCAAGACCAACGACAAGGAGAAUCAUGUGCGUGCAGCCUUUGGAAACGGGUUACGUCCGGAUAUUUGGGCGCCAUUCCAAGAACGGUUCGGUAUCCCAUCGGUAUACGAGUUCUACGGCUCGACUGAGGGUCCUAUGGGCAUGUUAAAUGCCUGUACCACUAAGGCUGACCAGGGCCAUCUCGGCCGACGGGGCUUCAUCAAUAACGCUGUCACUGGAGUGGCCAUCGUCAAGUACGACGUUGAAAAAGACGACUAUAUCCGCUCGAAGAAGGGAUUCUUGCAACAAUGCGCCAUUAAUGAGCCCGGUGAGCUUAUUGUGAAAGUGAACAGGAAAGACCCGGCCAGAGGAUUCCAGGGUUACUACAAGAACACGAAGGAGUCGAGCAAAAAGGUGCUGACCGAUGUAUUCAAGAAAGGGGACAUGUAUUUCCGGACAGGGGAUUUGUUCAAAGAAGACGAGAGACACUGCUGGCACUUUGUGGACCGAGUGGGUGAUACAUUCCGCUGGAAGGGGGAGAACGUGGCCACGAAUGAAGUGGCCGAGGCAGUCUCCAAGUUCCCUGGACUGAGUGAGAUCUGCAUCUAUGGAGUGGAAGUGCCGGGUAAUGAGGGACGUGCGUGUAUGGCUGCGAUGGUGUUUGAUGAGAAAUCGUUCGACUUGAACGAGUUCGCGCAGUUUGUCAAGCAGCGACUUCCGUCUUAUGCCAUGCCGCUGUUUAUCCGAAAACUGGAGGCGAUGAGUGUGACGGGCACGAUGAAGCAGGAGAAGGCCAAACUGCGCAAAGAAGGCAUGGAUCCGUCCAAGAUUUCAGAUCGUUUGUGGGUUUUUAACCGAACCAAGGACAGUUAUGAACUACUGACGAGUGAGACGUACCACCAAGUGAUCACGAGCUCCCGGCUGUGAUCGUCGUUAUUGUGGUUGAGUGACGUCGUUAUUGAGGCUAUUUCUCUCAGUGCAUGAAAUAAUUUUUACGUUUUUUUCUUGCAAAGUUUCUCUUUACAAAUAUUUUGUGUAAGAAUCAACUUACUUUACGGGUUACUAACGUUAAC